GGGUCGGUUCGCGGUGACCUUCAGCCCUGGUGCACUGCGGGCCGGGUACACACCCUAGGCAGUGACCAGCGCCCACGCAUCUUACCCCCAGGUAAGAAGAAGAUAUCUGGAUUUCAGAUAGAGAAAUGGCAUUGGUGUGCUGCAGUGUUGUGCAGAAAAGAACACUGGGAUUAAGGGUUUUGACAAAGCACCCCGCAUUGUCACUAGUGUGGACUGGCUGGAUCCGCCAUAAGUUCACAAAGUCGCGUGUUCUCCAGGAGGCCUUUCAGCCAAAACCAGAAGAUCAUGAGAAGUAUGGAGGAAAUCCGGAUCAAGCACAUAAGUUACAUAUUGUCACUAGGAUACGAUCCUUUGUGGGAAGACCGUACUGGGAAAAGGAAGUGAUAGAUGAGCUCAAACUUCAAAAGGCUCACAAUCCAGUUGUACACAAGAACAUCCCAUCAGUCAACAGACGGCUUAAAGUUGUCAAGCACUUAGUAAGCCUUUCACACACCUGUCUUACUGCACUGAAUUUUGCUAGAACGUGUCAGCCUACAUCUGAAAAAGUUCUGUCAAUAGAGUACAAGCAGAUUUCUUUCAAAUACAGGGUAUUCAAAAAGGGUUCAGCCUCUUAAACUGCCGUAUGGGCUUCCGACAGAGGAAGAUAUGUCUGACACCUAUUUGAAUAGCCUGGGCCAGUUGGUGAUUCGUAAAAAGUUGCAGCCAGUUGAUAUAAAAUCAAAUGAAUCCUAGUGCACGUUAUUUUGUCAUUUGUAAAAUAAAGUUUUUUGUACAGAA